UUUUGACUGGAAACCAAGCUGAAGCGAGGAUGCGGAAGUUUGCCUAAAAGAGAAGCUGAUGGAGCUUGAAAUAAAAUGUAUAUGAGGAUUGAGGAAGGUCAAAAGUUAUAACCACUCAUGUUUCACUCAGCGUGAUGUUUGACUGCGAUGGAUAUGGAGAAGGAAAAUGUCCACUCUGCGUAUUUUUUUAAAGGCUUCCUGCCUGGAUUAGGCCCAUUCUGCAUGCAUACACAGUUUUGCACCUGUCACAGCCGUCUCUACCGUCAGUCAUAUCUAUAAGCAGUGGACUUGUAAUUAUUGUAGACAUGUCCCGUAUAUCCUUCGUGCAGUGUUCUCUAGCUGUUAUGGAGUCUGAUGAAGAUACUUUUCCAGUUAAAACGUUUUAAUCAGCUGUCAGUAUAUACCUGGGAGAGGUUCAGGAGACCGAUAGACCAUGACGAGUCUUUUAGUGAAUCUGGAGGAGAUGGUGAGAUCAGCAUUGAGAAGCAAAAGGAAGACAGCAUGUAUCGUGAUGAUGAUCAUUGCUCUUUUAGUGUUGAUGAUCAGGUCGAGGAGUCUUGGUUCUUCUGAACAUAUCGGACCAUACGGUGAUGGAGACGUGCUUUUCAACCACGACCAUGUGGUGGGAUUUAACAUCAAAGAAUCAGGCAAGAGGACGUCGGUUGUUAUGGAAACUAGGCUUGAUUAUCUGCAGAGAGAAUGCACGACUCACAUGGAUUCCCCACGUGACCCGUCUCUAGACCCGCCCAGUGAGCUCAUCGUAAACGAAAAGUAUAGUAUUAUAUACUGUAACGUUCCUAAAGUCGGUUGCACGAACUGGAAGAAUGUCUUCUUGAAAAUUGGCGGGAUCGACGAUAUCAGAAUCAAAGCUAUCCAAAGACUUCCUACCAAUACACGAGGUAGAAUAUACCUUGAUUACUUCCACAAGUACAGCAAUGUCAGCCAUCGGCAGUUCAUGCUCCAGAAGUUUACGAAGUUCAUGUUCGCUCGGCAUCCGUUCACUCGGGUACUUUCGGCUUUCCGAGACAAGCUCGCACCAAACAUUUCGUAUAUCUUUCGGAUCGAGAACAAGCAAAGGCAUGAUGUAAAUUGGAUUGAGAGAUACGGAUUGCCGAUAAUUGCAAAGUAUCGUGGUGCCGAAGCGGCUGCCGCUAUCAAAGCGAACUUGAAAACAAAAUACGAUCUAACGUUCUCUGAAUUUGUCAACUAUCUCAUAGAGACCAAUCCCUUGUCAUUUGACAAACAUUGGAAUCCUAUAAGCGCAAUGUGUAGGCCAUGUGACGUCAAAUAUAAUAUCAUCGGGAAAUAUGAGACUCUGGACGAUGAUGCAGAGUAUAUACUGAGGUCGGCAAAAGUUGAUCCAUCUGUAAAAUACCCACAAGCAUCGGACAAAUCAGCGACCAACAGUUCAUCACUGGAUAUUUUAAGGCAAUAUUACAGCGAGAUAACUCGCGAACAGUUGAAAAAGUUAUACGAGGUUUAUAAAAAGGAUUUUGAAUUAUUUGAUUACAGUUUAGAGACAUUCUAUAAAUAUGUGAGCUGAGGAACGAGGUUAUUUCCCCUAAAUCUUUGUCAAUUUGUCUCAUUUGAGUAGUAGAUGGGGUCGGCUAGCUAAUGCCCCUCAAAGAGGCGUUUCACUUAAAUAUUUUUUCCCGAAAUUAUAAAUUGAGACAUGUCAUUACAUGUAUUGCUUCAACAUUCUAACAUUUUGAAUUAGUAUCUUUGCAGGCGCGAA